AUGGAGAGGAUAAUGUCUGCCUUAGAGGGUUUCAAAGAGCCUCAGUGGCUCUGUCAGCUGGACCGAAGCUCUCUGCCUUUUGCACGGAGAAUGGUUAACAACAAUCCUAUGUAUUUGGACCGAUUGGAACACAUCACCUCUGACCGUCCCCAAGCCCCAACAUCCAUCAGUCAAGGCUCUAUUUAUCCAGCAGAGCCAAAUUGUAGCUCAGCAGCAUUCAAAGGUGACUUCAGCUUCUUGGCAAGCCUACGCCUGACUUCCAGUUCUCACUUUCUGCCCCCAACAAGCAAUAGAAGUAGCAAUCAAAGCACAGCCUUCCCAUGCCUACAGCAAGAUGUGCCUUGCUCACCGAAAGCCUCGCCAUGCCCAUUUCGAUCCUCACCGUGCCCUCCGCGAGCCUCCUCAUGCCCACCACGAGCCUUGUCCUGCCCUCCACAAACCAUGCAGUGCCCACCACAAGCCUUGCCUCCGCCGCCUCAAGAAGUGCCCUGCCCUCACAAUGGAGUGGGCCCUCAGCAGCAUGUGCCCAGCUCACCUCAAGACUCCUCCACGCCUGUUCAGCUCUCAGCGAACCCAUCUCCAGGUUCUCGCAGCCCACCUCAAGACUCUUGGGGCCUACCUCAAGACGUACCAGGCCCACCUCAAAACAUAUCAUAUCCACAAAAUGGGGCACACCUGCAAGGCUUGCCACAGUCCCUGCAAGAUGUGCCACAGACCCCUGGAGACACGCCGCUAUCCCCACAAAUCAUGUCCCAUUCACCCAGAGACAUGCCGCUGCCACCAGAAGCCAUGCCGCAUUCCCCUAGGGAUGUGCCACCGUCACCAGGAAAUAGGCUAUGCUCGCCAAAAGAGGGACCCCACUUCUCGAGAGGUGUGCCCCCAUUACCCAGCAGUGUGCUGUGUCCCUCCAGAGACAGGCCGUGCCCACUUGGAGUCUUGUCUGCCUUCCCACAAGAGAAGCCUGACUCUCCUGCCAAUGAUAUACAGAACCGGGACACUCCUAUGGAGCUCUCCACUCCAUCCCCUCAGCACUGCUCUCCCAGGCCGCAGUCUCCGCAGCAGCCAACGUCCUCAGACGAGGAGAAACUCCCUUGGCUCUCCGUCCUGAAGACCCCGGGCAGAAAAGCGCUGUCACUCUCAGAGCCCGCCAACCCAGCCUCGGUUCUGACACCCGGGCGAGCAGCACGAGGGGGGCUAUCCAACAGGCCGUGCCUGCACAGACUCAAGUACUUCCUACGGCCGCCAGUGCAUCACCUCUUCUUCCAGACACUCAUACCAGAUAAAGAUGCAAGAGAGAAUAAGGGUGGAAAAGCAGAGCCCAUCUCACAUCGAAGACUAAGAAUGGUGGCAAAUACAAUUGAAGAAAAUUUCCCCCUGGGGACUGUGCAGUUUUUGAUGGACUUUGUGUCGCCUCAGCAUUACCCACCCAGAGAAAUUGUGGCUCACAUCAUCCAGAAAAUCCUGCUGAGUGGCUCUGAGACCGUGGAUGUCCUCAAAGAGGCCUACAUGCUCCUCAUGAAAAUUCAACAGUAUGAACCUUCCCAGCCAGCUGUUAGCAAAUCUUCCAGGGAAAUGACCUCCAGACACUGUAUUCUCUUGCCUGCACUGUGUUCAUCUAACCCUUAGGAAGGCUUUUGUAG